UUCUUUUUCGUUUCCUUUGUUUACUGUAAAGAAAAUGUCUGUUAAGAUAGAUCUAGGUGGUAAGAGAUUGCCACCAGUAGGGACUACUUCAUUUUCUUCCACUCUGUGGAAGCGUUAUUCUAUGGAUAGGAUUUUAUUCUCUCAAACAAACAAACAAACACACAAACAAACAAAUAAACAAACAAAUAUUGACAAGCAGAACAGAAAAAUUCCCAUCUAGUCUUUGCCUGUGGUCCUGAAGUGUGAAAACGGCUGACCGUAACACUAAUCUUUAACUUUGAAAAAACUUUUUCUUUUUGACAGAGUGAUAUGAUUCUCAAUGUAUGUUUUUUUCCCGACAGAAUGAAUGGUGACAGCUCCGGCUAUGGGGGAGCAAACGGGAACGGGAAUUAUGUCACGGCGCCAGCAGACAGCCCUGGCUACUACUACAACAGCGGGCCCAACCAGAUGAUGUCCCCGCAGCCUCCCAUGGGGGAGCAGCCGCAGCCACAGCCACAGCAGCAGCAGCAGCAGCCUCAGCAGAUGCCGUUUGCCCAAGGACACCAGUCCUCUCUCUUCCACUUCAAUUCCAGUUCCUUUUCCAGUGGGAUGUCCAAUCCAGCCCUGGCCCGAGCCCUAUCCACUUUGAGCGGGGACAAGAACCGACGGCCUCGUAGCGAGAAGAAGCCGAUCCCCGAUGAGCAGAAAGACGAUAAGUAUUUUGAGAGGAGGCGGCGAAAUAACGAGGCGGCCAAAAAGUCGCGGGAUGCCAGGAAGCAGAGAGAGGAUGACCUGGCGAUCAGAGCCAGUUUCCUGGAGAAGAGCAACUCGGUCCUGCGCGUGCAGGUUCACUCCAUGAGGGAGGAGGCCAUGAAGCUCAGGCAGAUGUGGUUCCAGAAGUGCCAGACGGGAGAUUUCUAUCGCAGCUCCGUCACGCCCAUGGACAAAGGCAGAGACUCUUUAGGCCAGACUGUUAACCCCGCCCCCCAAGCCUUGGGUCAAGGACACAUGCCUCCAUCGCGGGGUCGGUCAUCGUGAUGUCGAUCAUCAUCGUGCGACCGUCUUUUGGAUGACUCAUAUCAUCGUGCGGCCAUCUUUUCGAUGACACACAGCGUUUAACCUUGUCUAGAAUGUUCCAGUCUUGUCUCGUGUCCCUGAGCCCAGAGGUAGAGCUGCGUCGAACUUCUCUGUACAGACGUGACAAACUUCUCUGUACAGACGUGACAAACUUCUACGUACAGAUGUGACACACGGUCACUGUUUCUCGUCUGUUUGACCGCGGGCUGAGCAGUGUUUUUGUUCAUGGAAGCAAUGGAUGCUGGGAACGUUUUACUUCACGCACCAACAUAUUAUGUCACAGUUUGCAUCUUUAAGUCUUAGUAGAAUAUGGCUAUUGGAAUAUGUUGUAAUAGAUUAUGCAGCUAAUCAAUCGCAGUGGAUUAAAAAAAAAUUAAAAAAUAUUGUUUUAAUGUAACUAUAAUGGGAAUUUUAGUCUGUCUUUGAGAAGACACUGUGCCUUGUCACAAGAAAGUGACUUACUGACUUCAGUCACAUAGAGACGUCUGUGGCCUAGAGUAGACGCUAUUCGUGUUUUGUUUUAGUUGAGUCAUUGCAAAUUAGAACUUUAGAAAGAAGUUGUCUUUUUCUUUGCUAAAACUGUACUUCAUCCUGCUUUUCAUUUUGCAGGUUUUUGUAUCAGAUCUUUUGUUUUUUGCUCCAUUCAUUUUCUUAUUUGUUUUGAUUAUUGUAUUUUCCCCUACACAUAGAACUGUACACAUAGAACUGUACACAUAGAACUGUACACAUAGAACUGUACACAUAGAACUGUACACAUAGAACUGUACACAUAGAGCUCCCCUCACAGUUCAGCUGUGGUUUCUAGAUGCAGCAAAUUGACACAUGUAGCAUAAGGUAGAAACUGGAAAAUUCUAGAUAUUUACGUCUUGAGACAUCUGUCUUGUGUGGUUCGUGAAUGUCACUUUACCUUCAGUUUACUUUGUGUCUAAUGACUUUAAGAAAUUUGAAAGUGCUGAGUUUGGCUUCCAUCUUAAAUAAAUAUGACUUUUCUAGAAAAUGGA